AAAUGACGAAAUAUCCGAAUCCUGAUAAUCAUACAAAAACGAUCAAAACAUAAUAAGAAAAAAGAAAAACAGUGAUAUCGGCGAAAGAGAAAGGAGCAUUGAAACACAUUUGAACUGACGCGAUGGCGGCGGAGACCGAGCCGGCGAAGUUGCUACUACCUUACCUCCAAAGAGCCGAUGAGUUACAGAAACACGAACCUCUCGUCGCCUACUACUGUCGGUUGUAUGCGAUGGAGCGGGGGUUGAGGAUUCCUCAGAACCAGCGUACAAAGACCACCAAUUCCCUCCUUGUCUCUCUUAUGAAUCAGCUCGAGAAGGAUAAGAAGUCGCUGCAGUUAGGACCUGAUGACCAUUUACAUUUGGAGGGAUUUGCUUUGAGUGUUUUUGCAAAGGCAGAUAAACAAGAUCGAGCUGGACGAGCUGACUUGAAUACUGCAAAGACUUUUUAUGCUGCGAGCAUAUUCUUUGAGAUUAUUAAUCAAUUUGGUGUACUUCAACCAGAUCUUGAACAGAAACAGAAGUAUGCAGCAUGGAAGGCUGCAGACAUAAGAAAAGCUUUGAAAGAAGGAAGAAAGCCUGUUCCAGGACCUCCUGGUGGUGAAAACGAUGCUCCAGGCGGUGGAUAUGAUCUCGAACCUAGCAGAAGUGAUCCCGCAACAGAAUCUAAUGAUAAUUCGCAGCAUUUUUCAAAUAAACAGCCUUCUCCAGAUACCAUGCCUCCACCACCUUCCUCCCAUGUUUCAUCAUUGCCUCCUUCAUAUCGUACCGAUGAUUAUCCUUCUCAUAACAAUUACCAAUCUCAUAAUUUCCAGCAACCCCCUCCAAAUAACAGACCCGAAGAUGAUUAUCAGUCUCAUGGUUUCCCUCAACCCCCUCCAGGUAACCGAUCAGAAGACGAUUAUCAGUCUCAUAGUUUCCCUCAACCCCCGCCUAGUAACCGAUCUGAAAAUGACAUACCCUCCUACGAUUAUCAAUCUCAUAAUUUCCAACCUCCUACAAGUCACAAUUCUGAGAAUCCUAGUUAUCCUCAGCCCUACAAUCAUCAACCUUACAACAUGCAAGAGCCCCAAACACACCUGCCACAGAACUAUCCUCCACAUGACAUACCAUCCUACUCUUAUCCCAACUUCCAGUCUUAUCCUAGUUUUGCCGAGAGUAGCCUUCCUUCUGUCCCUUCUCAUUAUCCUUCUUACUACCAAGGCUCCGAUGCUUCCCUUUCCACGAUGCCAGCUUCUAAUGCCACAACCCAUCCAUCAGCAGGCUCUCAGUACAAUCCAAGCGACAGAAACGGGGCCACUUCAGAAGCUGCUGCUGCACCCAGUUUGGCCAAGAAAUACCAGUAUGACAGCAGUUACGAGCCCCCACCCGAGAAAAUUUCUGAAGCACAUAAGGCUGCAAGGUUUGCUGUUGGAGCUUUAGCAUUUGACGAUGUUUCUGUUGCUGUCGAUUACCUCAAGAAAUCACUCGAGUUAUUGACGAAUCCCUCUGCUGGGAACUGAUGGCCGGACACAAUGGAGUUGGAGAGUGAAUUGCAACAUUAUCCUAUUAUUGAUAAAAGCAUUUGCUGUUAACUGUUUGGAUGCAUGCAUGAAUGUUCAUAUUAUUAUUGUUUUAUUCCACCAGUGGUGUUUGUGGUUUUCAUUA